AUUGCGUGAAGGCGGUGGAAUGUAAUGUGACGUUUAUGUUUCUUUCAUCGAUUCCUUCACUGCCCCAUCAGCAACCAGCCAGUCAGUUCGGUUCCGUUCGUGAAUGGAUACGCGAGUGUUUUACGUUUAGCUCCGCGCCUGGCCGCUUGUGCAAGCAUUUGGUGGUGUUGGUGUUGUUUUCCAGCCUACUGUUGUUAUUCGCAUUCUUUCUCAACCGUUCGUUCGGCUGGCCACUAACAGUCGUGGGGAAGAAGAGGAAGACGAUAAGAAAAAAAUAUUGUUCGGUCGUUCAGUGCAACUACGAUAAUGUUUUUGCUAAUUUUGCCUAUUUGGCAGUUGUUGGUCAGAACCAAAUCGUGUCCUGUUUGCUGGUGAACUUCGGUGCCGGAAGAUAGUGUAUCUGAAACCCCUUGUGGGGUCGUGAAUGACCGUUGAAAAGGGACCCAAAAAUGAUGAAUCGGUGCUGGUGAUUUGCUUGCGUGAAUCAUAACAAAAGUGGCAGAAAAAUUCCAACGAAGUGUGCUGGAUCUCAAUCACAGGAGGCUGUCGCUGCCUGUUGAGUUUCUUUUUCUUCUGGUGAGAGAUGUUUGUUGGUAGUGUGCUGCUGAAGGUGCUUCGAUGAUGUUUUUUGGUGAUGACGUUUUUGUGCUUAGUCAGCAAAAACUGUUGAAAAUCGACAAAAAAAAUCCAAUCAGCCUUUUGUGACUGUAUCUGCGGCCACCGGGAUGGUCCGUAAUGUGAGUGAGAGAAUGCAUAUUGAUUGAAGAACAACCACCAGUUGGUGAUAUUGGGGCCAUAUGUGUGUCGGGAAAUGGAAGCGAAGCGACGAAGCGAUGGCGUAAAUAAAUUCAGGAAAAAUCACAGAUAAGAUAAGCAACAUUUGCUUAGACCAUCACCUCAUUCACAUCAUUCGUGGGCCUCCAUAUGAGCUGGAAGUGCCGAGUUGCAUGUGUGUAAAUAGUUGUUGAGCAAAGGAGAGUAACCAUCAAUCGUGUAAAAAGAAAAAAAAGAAGAAGAAAAAGUGUAAGUGUGUGAAUUACGGAACGGAACGUCGAGGCCACAAUAUGGUGAUAGGGAAGUUACAGCCGUUGGAGUUCACGGACUGUCUGCUGGACAGUCCGGAAUUCCGGGAAAAUCUCAAUCAGCAUGAGAAGGAGCUGGAGAAAACAAGUCAACAAAUAAAACGAAUCAUCAAGGAGGUGAAGGACCUGCUAGCCGCAGCGAAAAAUCUGUCCCGGGCGCAGCGAACUCUGUCCAAGAGUCUGAACGAAUUCAACUUCGAGUGCAUCGGCUCGACGCAAACAGACGAUGAGCAGGUGAUAGCAGAUAGCCUCAAACAGUUUAGCAAGCUCAUAUCGGCAAUUGAAGAAGAACGCGAUAAUAUGCUGGACCGAGCCCACGACCAGAUCGUUGGGCCCCUGGAGGAGUUUCGCAAGCUGCAUAUAGGGGGCGUGAAGGAGAACAAGAAAAAGUAUGACAAGAAGACGGCCAAGUUUUGCCAGGCGCAAGAAAGGUUCCUAAACAUGUCCUCCAAGAAGCCUGGAACUGCAGUAGUAGAGGCGGAUGCAUCAUUAGGAAUGCUAGAAAGAGAAUACCUGCAGGAAUCCCUCAGUUAUGUUCUGGGAAUUCAGGAAGUACAGGAAAGGAUAAAGUUCGAGUUUGUGGAAAUUAUUUUAAGAUUCAUAUCCGAUUGGCUAGUAUUUUAUCACCUCGGCCAUGAAGUAGCAGAAGAUGCCAAAGACUAUCUAUCAGAUCUCCAACUCAAAGUUCAAAAGACAAGGGAAAACUUUGAUGAGACUCGGCAGAAAGCGCAAGAACUAAAACACAGAUACAUGGAGAGUAAAAUGAAACCAGAGAGUGAAUUCACCAAGCAGGGCUAUUUAUUUCUUAUGGAAAAAAAGGCAUUCACUGCAACAUGGUCCAAAUAUUAUUGUACGUACAAAAAGCAGAACAAACGGUUCUCAAUGCUUCAAUUCAACCAAAUGUCGGGACGAUCGCAGCAAACAUCGACGGAAGUGCUAACGUUGGCAUCGUGCACGCGGAGGUUAUCCGAGUUUGAGAAGCGGUACUGUUUCGAUUUGAUCUUCGACGAAAGACCUGCCAUUACGUACACAUUUCAAGCGCUCAGCGAAGAGGAUCGCAAAGCAUGGUUAAAUGCGAUGGAUGGCAAGGAACCGACGUAUCCAAUACCAUCGACGCACCACAACGAGGAUGGGAAUCUGGACGAUGUUGGUUUCGCCUUUGUGCGAAAAUGUAUAGAAGUACUGGAACGGCGGGGGUUGGAGGAAGAGGGUCUAUACCGCAUUGGCGGUGUGAGUACAAAGAUAACGAAGUUAUUGAACAUGGGACUAGACAGAAAAAAGACUGAACAGGAUAGAUUGAUGUUUUUCAAUGAUGAGCAAAGCUCGGAUGUGUUAGAGAGUAAGACGAUAGCGAGCGCACUGAAGCACUAUUUAAGGAACCUAAACGAACCGUUGAUGACCUUUCGGUUGCACCAUUCGUUUAUCGCUUCGGCCAAGCAAGAAACCCGACAGCAACGGAUAAAUGACGUUCAUACGUUGAUACAUAGGUUACCCAAAAGCCACCUUGAAAUGCUGGACAUUGUAAUAAGGCAUUUGAAAUCCGUUUCCCUGAAAUCGGACAAGAAUAAGAUGUCGGUGUUCAAUCUAGGAGUAGUCUUUGGACCAACCCUGCUGCGUGCAGCAGAGGAAACCGUUGCUGCCAUAUUAGAUAUCAAGUUCAACAACGUUGUGAUAGAGAUGCUGAUCGAGAAUUACGAUAAAAUCUUCAAAUCGCAACCUGGGAAGAACACGGAGUACCUACCACACACUAAUACUAGCCCACCGUUAGCAAUGCCACGUUCCUAUGGGGGAAUCGGUGGUGGUGGCGGUGGUGGAGGAGGUGGCGGUGGAGGAAUCAUCGGAGGAAGUUACGCCAAAGAACGCGGUUCCACCUACUCACAGCCUGUUGUGCGGGUCGUGGCCAAAUCCAACUACACCGAACCCGUAAUGUCCUCUAGCCUUCAAAACAUUUCCAACGGAUUAUCCCUGUACAGCAAAGGAACAAACCACUAUCCCACCUACGAAGCCAAACCGAAGAUUAUCACGACAAUGAAUAACUCCACGCCAUUUCUGUUGCGGGACACAACCCUGUCGCCUCGUGAGAUAAGCAUAGACACGCGGGAGACUACCUAUCUGAAAUCCGCGCCAUCCACAAUCACCAUCAGUAGUCAUAACAGCCCUCCUCCCAGCCAUAACCAUCACCUGGCUCGGCAGGAUGGCGGGGGAGGAGGAGGUGGAGGAGGAGGAGGAGGAGGAGGAAGCAGUCAGAUUUAUCAGAGCGCCUAUCAGACUCACCUGCUGCACAGUCGGGGUGAGCCGAUGUCAAUGGUUCGGGGAGGCAGCGCGGGAUCGGAUAGCAUUUACGGAACAACAACGGCCAUGCACAAAAUGGGUCAUCCCAAUCCGAUGACCAGCAGCGAUUCCAAUCUCACGAGUACUAGGAAAGACCUGUCCCUCUACGAUCGGAUAAAUUCCACCAGCAGUUCCAACGAAUCGGUGUGUUCCUCCUCUAGUCGCGAUUUAAAUCACUCAUACGGAGGAAGCACCCGGGUGAUGCCCAGCUGGGAGUAUGGUACGGGUAACGGAAGCAUCGGUGUAGUCAGCAGUGCGCUCAGCAAGUUUUCUAUUCGGGACGAUUCUAGUCAAGGUUAUAUCCCGAAGAAAACGCAACGCACGAAAGGUCUCACCCGCCAUACGAAACUUGUGACGCCUAGGGAUAAUCUGUGUAUUUAUUUCAGUCGAGUGAGGACGCUAUACGCAUGCUUAGCGGAAAAUGAUGGAGAGCUCUCGUUUGAACCCAAUCAAAUCAUUACUAAUGUAAAACGUUCCAAUGAACCGGGCUGGCUUGAGGGCACCCUACACGGUAAGUCAGGAUUGAUUCCUGAAAACUACGUAGAAGUACUAAAGUAAUCCGAACGACAGCUGCUUACCACUAAACCACCAAAAACAAACAAAACACGUGAGCCUACAAUCGUCAGAAUCGAAUUGUAAGUUCAGCACAGAAUCGUACCAUAUAUUGUGUAGUUUAUCGAUUAAGUGUUAACUGUAGAUGAGCAUAACGGGAGAGCUCUGUGGACAGCAUUCAUCUAGGGUUCCGAAUUCGCCUUGCCAACCAGGGGGGUGGAGUAUGAACGGCUAGCAGGUAAACCUCCUACUUAAGCCAGUAGGGAAAUAUCAGGAUAUCAUAAUCACCAUCCCGACAAAUUAUGAAGAAUUCUUACGUAUUUUAUCGACGAAUUUUUCUCACGUACUUUUAAUUUUUGAAGAAUUUACUCAAACAACUGAAUGCAUGGCGAUAAAUCAGUAAGACUACACAUUGCAUAAACGAAGGAUACAUUUUCCAUCAUUUUACCACCAGACAAACAAAAAUACACACAUCUGUAGAAGGUAUUGUUGGAUGAAAAUAUAAAAAAACAAGGCUGUUAUCAAAACUUUUAGUAUUGGCACUAUAAGGAUCACAAAUUUGCUAAAUCUUUUAUUGAUUUUAACGCUGUGGUAACUUUAGAUGUAGACAGAUUCUGAACAAUCGCUAGCUAAUCCAUUGUUCCGUACUUAAAAAAACAAUUGAACGAUCAAAGUAGUGGACCGUCAUGGUAAAACCGAUUGAAGGAACAUUCAUACGAAACAAAAAGGCACUAAAAAUCCGGAAUCCCAGCUGUUCCAAUGGACAACAUCGAAUGAACUAGCCGCGAUGAGUGUAAUGUGUGUAAAGACAGCAUGACACAAACUUGCAGGAUCACGAUAACAAACAAAACACCAAUUCAUAUGAGAUAGUAAAAAUCUCUGUAUAGUAAAACAAAACAAGCAGAAAAUGAAUUUAUGAAUGGUUAACCGUUAAAUAGCACAUUUAAUAACCCAACAAAAGAAAUAAUUCAUUCACAAUGGGCAUACACACAUCAACAAAAUCUUCUGAAACAAUUGCAUUAUUUCUUAUGCUUAUUAGAGAGAGCUUUACUAAUGUAAAGUAUUAAAAGCCGAUAGUCGGUUAUCUGUGCACCGUCCAAAUUUACAACCGCCUGGUUUAAAUCGUUUUUUUUUUUGUUUCUAAUUCAUGUGGAUUCAUGAUUUUUUACAAACAGGUUUACAAAAGUUUCCGCAGUCUUAACUAACAAAUAACGUUUGUGUUUGCUCUUCAGGUCUGUUGUUGUUUUUAUAGAGUUUUGAUUUAUGGACUCUUUAAUUUAGAAGGCUAAAGAAUUAAAAUUGUCAUCAAAAAUUUCUAACAAUUUUCAUAACAUGCAUAUUUAAUAAUUUUUUUCAUAUUUUCUUUUCAAAUUUUCUAAUAGUUUCACCUGACGUAAACAAUUUUAGGUAUAGUUUUGUUACUACUAUCUCAACAUUUCAAUAUUUAUAUUAUACUAGUCGGCAGACAUUGUACUGCAUAGUAGGCAAAAAUACGCGUUGUGAACUGCCCUUGCGAAAUUUCCAUACGAAUAUUUAUAUUAGUUUUUCACGAUUUACUCAACCCUACUCGUGAUUUUUGCAUGAGGAAAUAUAUAAAAUCCAUCCAGCCGUUUUCGAGUUAUGCGGAUACGAACAAAGACCAUUUCAUUUUUAUAUAUACAAAUGACGGAAUAUCAAGAAUACGGAUGGUUUGAAGAAGCAAACAUUACUAUAAUGAAUCAUGGUAACAUCUUCUGCUCGCUGCUCUCACAUGUCCAAAUCAAGCCUCAUAUUAUAUAAUUUCUCUCGCACUAACGCCAUCUUGAAGAGCAAUACAACAUUUUAACUGCCCCGAUUCGCAUAAGAGUCCCGUGCCUAUUUUAAUAUUUAGUAUUGCCUUCUGUUUCUGAUCAAAUCAAAUACUUUGUUCAAGAAAUUUGGAAAUCAAAACCCUUUCGUGUUGUCCUAUCUUGCUAAUUAUUCGCAUAAUAGUCACAUUCCAGACUUUGAUACUCUGCUACAUGAAAAUUUAACAUAUCUAUUAUCCAAUCAAUAAUCCCCUAGCAUUGCAUACAGACGAAGAAUACUAUGUCAAAGUUUCAGAAAAAUGCAGCUUUUAUUAUUUUAUUAGAAUGUUUUGUAUUACGCCAUGUAGGACGAGUUUGAGAACUUCUUCAGCAAACCCUCAACAUGGAGAAAACUCACAUGAGACUGUUAUGCGAACAGGGGUUAUUAAGCAAUGACAUAUUUUUUCCGAUUAACAUAACAGUUCUCCAAAUUGAUUAAAAGGCCGACGUAGUUUUUAAACUCGUUUUGCAAGGAAAAAUUAAAAUAAAUCCAAUAAAUUGAUACAAGCUACAAUGUUUCUGAAAUUUUGUAUGUAAUAAUAUUUUUUAUUUGUUCGCUUUGCUAUAAACUAUGCAUUAUGUUUUUGUUUUGUGUUGCAAAGUAUGAAAAUCUAAAAGGAGACUGAUUUGAAAAUAAAUUGCACGAUAUGACUUGACAACUGGCAUUAUUAAAUUAUUAAACUUAUUUCUAAAAGAAAAUUAGACAUGGAAUUUUUGUGCGAAUUUGGAAAGCAUCCAUUUCUUUUAUUAGGAAUCCAAGUAAAGUAGAAUUUGUUAGAUUGAAUCAUGCUUUUGAAUUUGAUUGAACUCCGAAAGAACUGAUCACGAGUACAUCCAACCAGACACAAAAUGCACUGUCAAAUAGACUCUCAUCGUAGACCAAACACGCGAGUAACACGCCCCCAAUACCACGAAGACAUAAUCUAAGGUACAUUUCUGAAUAGGUGUAAUAUAUGUAAAUUAACUAUAACAUAAAAUGCUAUUUAAAUGGAAUCGCGGGAAAGCGUCAUCCAUUGAGAUUGCGUCAUUCGCGAAUCGUAUCCUCUUAUCCCUCAUUGAUUCCCUGCCAAACGCAUUCCAAUCAUACAACUAGCAUAGCGCUCGUUCGUGGAGUGAUACAUUCUCAGUAGAUGACUUCUGGAACGAAAGGUAAUGAGAAGGAAGGGCAAAAAAUGUGAAAACAAUGACACCAGAAGAAAUAAACUUCUAGCAUUAAGUUUAGUGUUAUAAGUGUAAAAAAGAAGACAUAUUAAGCAAAAACUCUAGAAAAUGAACCACAGCAAAAAAAACAAUGGAUAAGUGACGCUAGCAGAUAACCUUGAACCAAUAUUAAACUUUCUAACGGUAGUAUUUUGUUUUCCAUGAGUUGAAAAGCUCACAUUUUGAUAAAGUUUUUUUUAUUAUCAAACUAAUUGACUUCAAAUAGGUAAUUUUGUAAAAAAGAAACGAAUAAAUUACAUAUUGCCUUUUUUAGUAAAGAUACAAAUCAGAAUUCUAUUCCAAUCAUAUGUUGCCAUAUAACGUACAAAUAAAUUUCAUUUUAAAUGAAAUUUUGACUUUUCGUUUCUGUAAAUUUCAUCUCGAUUACACACAAUUGUUUAAAAAAUUAAUUGAAAAAAAGCAUUCCUUUAUUUUAAGAUAGAACAAAAAGCUCCUUAGAUUACAAUUUCUUAUAAUUUUAUUUCAGAUGCAAGAAAUUUAAAAUUUUAUCCUUCGUUUCACUUCUCUAUUUACUAAAAAGCCUGUGAUAGAGUCACGCAAAUUAUUAAAGAAGAAUUGGACCUAGUAGAACCAUAUUUAAAAUUGUUUUAAUUGCUCCGUGAUUUCCUCGCUUCUCCAUGUUUUACCAUCGGUUUAGUUAUCAUUGUGUACAUAUUAAGUUGAAUAAUUUAGAUGAUUAUGUUUAGUCUUGUUGAGUUUUAGUUCUUUUGGAGCACAUUAUUACUAACAACCGUAAACCCGGAGACACUUUAACAUUGCGUCUGAAGACUCCUGAUCGAAAAGAUUAGAGUUAAACAAACUUUCAGUAGCCAAGUAUUAUAAUAACAACGGAAAAUAGACUUCUAGCAGCUGGAACCGAGUUGCUUUUUUUCUGAUUUGGUUAUAGUUUUAAGCACAUUGUAAAGCCAAUCAUUCUUGUGAAUCUAGGAUUUAACGUGUAAAAUAUAUAUUGUUAUUUAAUUUUAUGCUUUUUAUAGUCAUUUGUAAAAUCUUUUACGACUACACCGUAACAUAGAGAGUACAUUGAAAGAUGUAUAUGUAUUAUUUUAUUUAUACAAGUAUCUCGAUAAACGAUUCCUCGGUAUGUGAAAGAACAGUCAAAGACAAAAUAAAAUCUGCAAAUAAUACAA